UACCAUCCCGCUUUGUUGACGUUCACUCAAUUCAGCACCAGUGAACCAUGUCUGUUUUUAUCAGAAUUGGGUAUUUUCUCAAUCAGAUUUCCCCAUGCACGUCAAGUAACAAUAUUCCCGUCAAUCUCGUCUGUCGGGCCUUUCGUUCAAGUUUUCCUCAAAACACUGCAGACGGAAAGCAAAAUUUAGGGACUAACACGACUGCUCGACCUCCUCCACAGGUGGAACUUCCGGAUUACAACACGAGUGUCAACGUGCACGAGCAUCGACUGAAGAGACCUGAAAAGCCACCGCCCUUGAGAAAGAAAUGGGUAGGGCUGGACGAACUAAAGCAGCGAACAAAGGGAUCGCUCAUUCCGGAGACACUCAAAGAAAUGGAGCAGAAUGAGGACUUCCAAAUCACGGCAGCCAACCUGCGCAAAAUGGGACAAGCAAAACUCACUAGGGAGGAGCGCAAGAAGCGACAGAGGGCGCUAGACAACCUGGGUGUUCCCAACUUCCGAGAGUUCAUUACAAAGUGGAGCAAGCAGCCAGGCCACGAACAGCUAAUGAAGCAACUUAAGAAGGUGGAGAUUGGAGUCCUGCAGCUGAACAUUGGGCUGUACUGCAACCAGGCCUGCAAUCACUGUCACGUCGAGUCCUCCCCAAAGAGGACGGAGACGAUGACCAGGCAGACGGCAGAAAGGUGCCUGGAGAUUUUGAAGAACAGUCCCACGGUUCACACCCUGGAUCUUACAGGUGGAGCACCGGAACUUGCCGGGGAGUUCAAGUUCCUAGCUCGGGGAGGUCGUGACCUUGGACGAGAGGUCAUCGACCGCUGCAACCUCACAGCACUGCUGGAGCCCGGGCAGGAGGACACUGCAGAGUUCCUGGCCAAGAAUAAGAUCACUGUCAUAGCCUCCUUGCCCUGCUACAGUGCCAAAAACGUGAACACCCAGCGAGGCAGCGGCGUGUUUGACAAGAGCAUCCAGGCCUUGCUGCUGUUGAAUCAAUUGGGCUAUGGGAAGCCAGACAGAGGGCUACGACUGGAUUUGGUUUAUAAUCCCCUGGGUGGCUUUCUGCCUCCGUCCCAAUCAGAGCUGGAGGCAAAGUACAAGGAGGAAUUGUGGGACACCUUUGGAAUUGAGUUCAAUAGCUUGUACACUAUCACCAACAUGCCCAUCAAGAGGUUUGCUGACUUCUUGUACCGACGAAACGAGCUUGAGGAUUACAUGCAGUUGCUGGUCAGGAACUUUAACCCUGCGUCAGUGGAGGGCCUCAUGUGCCGCAAUCACCUCAAUGUGAACUGGGAUGGGCGGCUCUUCGACUGCGACUUCAACCAGCAACUGGACAUGGGCAUGCGUAGGGUGAACAGCAAAAUGGAGGCUGCCCACGAUAUGUCUGAGCGUUCCUCAUCGGCCCCCUCAGUCUGGGAUAUUGAGUCAACGGACGACCUCGUCGGUCUGCGCAUUGUCACGGACAACCACUGCUUUGGCUGUACAUCGGGUAUGGGCUCCAGUUGCCAGGGGACCACUGCUUGAUCAACUUGUGCACUACCUACCGAGGGCGCCAUUGCAUCAUUCAGUGAAACAGUUCCCUCAUGGUGGGGUUAAGAGUUUUAUGAUAUCAUACUCUCUGUGCACAACCGAACAGAUGAGAAAGCCUUUGACUGCGAGCAUACUUAAUCUAAAUGUGCAAGACCAUUUGAGGGCACUGUUUCAGUCAGCUGGUGGAUUGAUUUUUUUCUCAUUUUCAGAGUUACGGGCCAUGUUGGGUAUCCUUAUUAGUGAUUAAAAAUUGUUGUUUUUCUGAUAAUUAUUAAAUGUCAGGUUUGUUUUUUUUUACUCAUGUACAUGUAUAUGUAUAUUUGCACCUAAACAUGUAUAUUUUUUAUCUCACAAGUGGAUGUGGGGAGACAAGUCUUUUGACCACAGUGAUUUUAUUACUUAUGUCUUUCCUAUGCCCAUCCCUUUGUGAUGUUCAUUGUUGGCAUGAAUAAAAUAAUAAUAAUAAAAAUAAUAAUGUGACAGUAACUCUGCUCACUGUAGCUGUGGGCGUGGACUUUGGUAGCAAAUAUAUCAGUUCAAUGCACUGUGCCUGUUGAUGAUGAGUAACGUUUGAGUCCAAGCAUUCAUGGAAUAAGCAGAAAUCCUUACUUAGCCGAUUUUCUGCACCAUUUGAUGAGGUUGGCUCUUAAGUCCAGGUACAUGUACUAAUGCAAAUGUUUCUCAUUUCAACAAGUAUAGAUAGCCAGUUUCCAUGGAGCUGUAUGUGAAAGACAGGGUUUUGAUGGUACGCACAGGGACAUUCGUUAAAGUGCCAGUUAAGUUUAUCAGAAAUUAUAUUUAAAAAAGUAUUCCAUAGAAAAUCAUGAAAGAGGUAUGUACUCAUCAGAAUUUCCUGUUGUCAGCAUUCCUUUCCGAUUGAUUUCUGUUUAUAUGUCAGUUUAUAUCACGUCAUCGUUCAGUUAAGAGGUAUUCAGACAUGCUCUAAAAGUUAAAAAUAACGAUUUGAUAAACACAUUUUAAACAGGAUAUUUACAUACUAGAUUAUUGAUCAUAUGCUUAAUCUCAAAUCUACAUGAACCAAAAUUACAAAUCAAAAAAGCAAAGAAAUGUAUGCAAGCAUUUAGUUACUGGUAGAGUUCAAUUUUCUUGCCAAUUUUUUUUUUAAUUUUUGCCAUCAUUGAUAUGAAUGAAUACACAUUUUUCAUUGAAAUAUCUGAAUUCAAAAUGUAGAAUUUCCUUUAAGCAGCAUUUGUUUCGCUCAUUUUGUAUGUGUUUAUAAUUUAUAAUGUGUGAUUUCUUUGAUAUGUAUUUACAAGUUAAGUGAUGGGUUCUUUUGAGUUUAUAUACAACUACGACACUUUGUUUCAUUUUUAGUUAUAAUUUUCUGAAUUUUUGAUUGAUCGUGUGCUGGUCGUUUUAUAUUAAUUUUAUUUACUAUUUUUACAAACAGGCUCUCCUGGAGAAAGAGCAACAUUAAUGUAAUUAUUAUUGUUAUUCUUAUUAUAUACAUGUAUCUGUUUAUAUUGCAUUUUCUAUAUUUCCAAAUAGGUCACUUG